CCGAGGCGGGGAGGAGAGCAACUUCUCAGAGGCCACCCCUGGACUGAGAGCAUCGCGCUUGGUGAGCGGCCUCGGGCCGCCCGGGAAAAUGCUUGGUAUGUAUGUACCCGAUCGAUUCUCCUUGAAGCCAUCCAAAGUGCAAGAAGGUAUCGGGCUCUACACUGCCAGACGAGUAAAAAAGGGAGAGAAGUUCGGGCCUUUUGCUGGAGAGAAGAGAAUGCCCAAUGAACUGGAUGAAAGCAUGGAUCCCAGGCUAAUGUGGGAGGUACGUGGGAGUAAGGGAGAAGUACUGUAUAUCCUGGAUGCCAGUAAUCCACGGCAUUCAAACUGGCUGCGCUUUGUCCAUCAGGCCCCAACACAAGAGCAGAAAAAUCUGGCUGCGAUUCAGGAAGGAGAAAAUAUCUUCUAUUUGGCUGUGGAUGACAUUGAAACAGACAAUGAGUUACUGAUUGGUUACCUAGAUAGUGAGAUGGAGGAAAUAGAAGAAGAGGAGGAGGAGGAAGUAAUCAGCAAAGAUGAAGAAAAUUCCAAAGACAUGCAGCAAUCUGGUGAAAAAGAAAUAUUAAGUGAUAAAGAAGGUUAUGCUUGCCCACAGUGUGAGAGCAGUUUUCAAAGCCAGGACAUCUUGGCUGAGCAUCUGCAAUCCCUGCACCAAAAACCAAGUGAAGAAAAGGAAUUCAAGUGUAGGAAUUGUGGCAAGAAGUUCCCUGUUAAACAGGCCUUGCAGAGACAUGUUCUACAGUGUACUGAAAAUGUUCUUGCCGGCGACACUGCUCGAAGCCAUCAGUGUUCUGUUUGUAACAUCUCCUUCAGCUCUGAGUCAAGUUUUGAGCAGCAUAAGGAAGCCUGCAAAGGGGAUGCCAGGUUUGUUUGCAAGGCUGAUAGCUGUGGGAAAAGAUUCAAGAGCAAAGAUGCCUUAAAGAAGCACAAAGAGAAUGUGCACACAGAUUUAAAACGUGAUAGUGUUUCUUUUCUGGCUGCAGGAAACUCGCGGAGGAGACUGAUGUGCUCUGUGUGCAAUAAGAAGUGUUCUUCGGCUGCAACCCUACAAGAGCAUCGAAAGAUUCACGAGGUCUUCAAUUGCCAGGAGUGCGACAAAAAAUUCAUAUCUGCAAAUCAGUUGAAGCGCCAUAUGAUUACCCAUUCAGGUAAUUCCAACCUGCUGACAGAAAAACAGAUAGCUGAAGUUUCACUUUCUGGGGCCUGCCUUGUGACCUGCUUUCCUGAGAAACGCCCUUACACCUGUGAGGUCUGCAGUAAAUCUUUCAAACGGCUAGAUCAAGUGACUGCACAUAAAAUUAUCCAUAGUGAGGACAAACCCUACAAAUGCAAACUUUGUGGAAAAGGAUUUGCUCACAGAAAUGUGUACAAGAACCACAAAAAGCACAAGGACCUGGGGAAGCUCUGCAUAUCGACACACUCGGAAGAGAGACCAUUCCAGUGUGAGGAGUGUAAGGCUUUGUUUCGGACUCCCUUCUCCCUACAGAGACAUCUACUGAUACACAAUAGUGAACGAACUUUCAAAUGUGAUCACUGUGAUGCAACGUUCAAGAGGAAGGAUACUUUAAAUGUUCACAUUCAAGUAGUGCAUGAUGGGCACAAGAAAUACAAAUGUGAUCUAUGUGACAAAGCCUUUGUAACUCCCUCUGUGCUUAAGAGUCAUAAAAAGACACAUACUGGAGAGAAGGAGAAGAUUUGUCCAUAUUGUGGCCAGAAAUUUGCUAGCAAUGGAACAUUACGUGUGCACAUUCGAAGCCACACAGGUGAGCGCCCCUACCAGUGUCCCUACUGUGACAAAGCUUUCAGCAAGAAUGACGGAUUAAAGAUGCAUAUUAGAACACACACACGGGAAAAACCUUACCAAUGCUCAGAAUGUAACAAGGCUUUUAGUCAAAAAAGGGGCCUAGAUGAACAUAUGAGGACCCAUACCGGAGAAAAACCAUUCCAAUGUGAUGUCUGUGACUUAUCAUUCAGCUUAAAAAAAAUGCUGAUUAGGCACAAACUGACACACAACCCAAAUCGGCCAAUGGCAGAAUGCCAGCUCUGUCACAAGAAGUUUACAAGAAAUGACUACCUCAAGGUUCACAUGGAAAAUGUGCAUGGAGAGACAGACAGCUAAACCUCUGAUUUUCACAUUCCAUCGGAGAACUUCAAAAUUCCUGGAGUUCGGACAAUUUAUUGUUCAGCGCAAUGGUUGACUGCAGCUGUCAGUAGCGCUAGAAUGCUUUGCCUUCCAGAAAUGUCCUAAGUUACAAAGAUAUGAAAAGUAUUCUUCAACAGUUAAUAUGUUUUGUUUUACUGAAAAUGACAGCCUGCUGAGAAUGGGAGAUAGACAGAGUUUAAAAUUUUAGCUUUCAUAAAUUGUUUAAAUUACAAUUGUGUAAUCCACUGCGGAGUUGUAAUGCAACAUUCAAUAAUUUAUAUUUUUCUUUUUACUAUUCAUUUUAAUAACCAUUAACUGAAUAAAGACACUUUUGUAGUUGUUAAUCCUUUGACUGUCAGGAGUACCAGAAAAUUUUGCUCUCCUGUGCAGGAAAUCUUCUCUUUUCCAGAUUUCAGUUCACACAUUGAUACGGAAAAAGCAUUCCUACCAGUCAUACUGCUACUUAUGUCAUGAACUUUAUUACUGUAACAAUGCUAACUAGCAAAAUAUACAUUUCUAAAUAUUCUUCAAA